UGACGGGAGGGGGCGGGCCGCCGUUGCCAGAGAAGCCGCUAGCCGGUUACUAGCUGCGCUUUUGUUCCACUUGCAGGGACUCUUCCGCGGCAAGCCUGUCUAGGAAUUCGCCUGCUUCUCACCUCGCGUCCCUUGCCUGCCUUCCUAGUGUACCCACUGUAGUGCCCCUUGCGUCUCGCUCCCUCCUAGCCGACCCAGAGCACAGCUUUCAGCUUAUAUGGAGAAGUUGCUGUGAAGCCACCUAUAAAUCCAUUUACUGAAUUUAUGGAGAAGCCUAUAAAUGAUGGAAGUCAUUCAGAAGAACUCUUUUCACAUCUUAAAACUAUGUCAGAGAAAGAAGAUUUACCGCGGUGUACCAGUGAAAGUCAUCUCAGCUGCCUGAAGCAGGACAUCCUAAAUGAAAAGACUGAACUGGAAGCAACACUUAAGGAAGCAGAGUUGGUAACUCAUUCUGUAGAGUUACUUUUGCCAUUAUUUAAGGACACCAUUGAAGAGAUUAAUUUUGAAAAUGCCAAUCUUUCUGCAUUGAAUUUGAAGAAGAUUUCUGAACAGAAGGAAAUAUUAACAAAAGAAUUAGAUACCUUCAAAAAUGUAAAACUAGCUUUAGAACAUCUUCUUAGAAAGAGAGACUACAAACAAACAGGAAACAAUUUACCCAGCAUGUCGCUAGAAAAUCUAACUGAUAAUGAAAGUGAAAAUGCUAAUCUUAAGAAGAAGGUAUUUGAAAAGGAGGCCCAUAUCCAAGAACUUUCUUGUUUGUUUCAGAAUGAAAAGGCAAAUACUUUGAAAGCAAACCGUUUUUCUCAAUCAGUAAAAGUAGUACAUGAACGACUACAGUUCCAAAUCCAUAAAAAGGAAGCCGAGAAUGAUAAGUUGAAAGAAUAUGUGAAGAGCUUAGAAACCAAGAUAGCCAAGUGGAACCUGCAACUGAGAAUGAAUAAGAAUGAGGCUGUAGUGAUGAAAGAAGAAAACAGGCAAAAAACUGUAGCUUUAAAAAAGGCAUCUAAAGUUUACAAACAAAGGCUUGACCAUUUUACAGGAGCUAUUGAAAAGCUUACUUCCCAAAUUAGAGAUCAGGAAGUCAAGUUGUCUGAAACAAUUUCAGCUUCCAAUGCCUGGAAAAGUCAUUAUGAGAAAAUUGUAAUAGAAAAAACUGAAUUGGAAGUACAGAUUGAAACCAUGAAAAAGCAAAUCAUUAAUCUUUUGGAAGAUUUGAAGAAAAUGGAAGACCAUGGAAAAAAUUCAUGUGAAGAAAUUCUUAGAAAAAUUCACUCAAUUGAAUAUGAAAAUGAAACUCUGAAUCUUCAGAAUACAAAAUUAAAGACUACACUUGCUUCUUUGAAGGAUGAAGUUGUUUCUGUUGAAAAUGAACUACUAGAAUUGCAAGAAGUAGAAAAAAACCAGAAAACCCUUAUUGAAAUGUAUAAAACUCAGGUACAAAAGUUGCAAGAAACAGCUGAAAUAGUAAAAAACAGAUGUGAAAAUUUGCUACGUAAAAAUAACCAAAUAACAAAAACCAAAAAUAAAAAUGUAGAGAAGAUGAGAGGCCAGAUGGAGUCUCAUCUGAAGGAGUUAGAGCAUGUCGGCGAUUCCUUGACGGCGGCCAAAAGGAGGCUUCACGAUUGUCAGGAGAGUCUGCAGUGCUGCAAGGGGAAAUGUGCAGACCAGGAACACACCAUUAGGGAGCUUCAGGGCCAGGUUGAUGGAAAUCACAAUCUUCUGAUGAAGCUUUCUCUGGAAGAGGAAAACUAUCUUAUUCAGCUGAAGUGUGAAAACCUCCAACAAAAAUUAGAACAGAUGGAUGCAGAAAAUAAAGAGCUUGAGAAGAAGCUGGCAAACCAAGAAGAAUGUCUUAAGCACAGCCAUCUUAAGUUUAAAGAGAAAUCUGCAGAAUAUACAGCAUUGGCCAGACAACUGGAAGCUGCUUUAGAAGAAGGAAGACAAAAGGUUGCUGAAGAAAUAGAGAAAAUGUCAUCUAGAGAGAGGGCUUUACAAAUUAAAAUAGUAGAUCUGGAAAAUGAGCUUAGAAAGAAAAAUGAAGAACAAAAUCAACUUGUUUGCAAAAUGAACAGUAGAGCACAACAUCAGGAAGUGUGUUUGAAAGAAAUACAAAAUAGUCUUGAGAAGUCAGAAAAUCAAAAUGAGAGUAUUAAGAAUUAUUUACAGUUUCUUAAAACUUCUUAUGUAACAAUGUUUGAAUAAAUUGUCAAAUUUAUUUUCUUUAAGUAGAUUUUUAUUGAGUCUAAAAUGUGAUUAGGUAAAAAAAUAUAUAUACUACCAGUUUUUAUAUUUUAUGAUUUAUGGGUGAUGGAAUUAGAGUUUUUAUGUAAAGAUUUUUGAAACAUAAUUUAUCUAACUGAAACAUUAAAAUAGGAUAGUUAUUACUAUUCCUUUUUUGCUGGAUAAUUCUUAUUUAUCUCUGGUUUAAUUUCUUUUUAAAUUAUAUUGGUUUUUAGAGGAUUUUUUUUCACACACACACACAGAAGUCAGAUUUUUUGUGAUGUCUGUAGACACCAUUCAAGUGAAUUUGUAGUAAAUCUUCGUCAAUAUGAUUUUAAAUAAUAUAUAUAAUUAUUUUAUAUUGUAGUGAUAUAUAAAUAUAAUGGAAAAUAUUCUGAAUUUUAAUUUUUAAUAAUGGUGUAAUUAUAUACUUUCUAAAGAUACUAAAUGUCUCAAUAUACUAAAUAUUGUUUCAAGUAUAUGCUGAUUUGUUAGGUUUUAAGUAUACAAUUUUAAGUCAUAGCUAUUAAAUACCAACUGCUAAUGACACAUGAAAACGUUAUGCAUUGUUUCUUUAUAAAGAACGGACAUUCAGGUUGUCUUUUGAAUUCGUAGUCUAUUUUAUUCAUCUUAUACUAAUGAUUAUCAGAUAUUAUUAUUAUUUUAGACAUUCUAAAGCCCCUUAGUUAACUAAAAGAUUAAAGGAGAACAGCUUAUCCCACCUUUUCCGUGGCCGACUCACAUGGGGAUGAUCAAAAUAAGCACUCUUAACAUCAAGAAGCUUUAAAAUAAGGUCUUUACUAUUGGGAUGAAGUUGUCCAGGUUGACAAAAAACUUGUUUGCUGUAAUCUCCCGCCUUGUGUGCCAAGGUAGGAUACUCUAAAAGGGAAUGGACAUGGUUUAUAAAGGAUCAAGUGAUAGUGACUCCUCUUGGACAAUGACUUGAGAGCUGUUAAUUCAAAGGAACACUCAGGUCUUAAAAGAUCACUAAAAGAGGCACGUUGUAAACUACACAGUUCCAGCCUAUGAAUAGAAAUAUCUUUUUAAAAUGUUUUAUGCUCUUUUCUGAUCAGAGAUGGGGGCCUGGUCCCCACUGGUCCCCUCACUCGUAAGACUGUCAUAUCAUCCACAAAUGCUUACUUACUAGUGACCCAAUUGCUUCAUAGUAUUUUUCUUAAAAUAGCAAAAUACAGAGUGUCAGAACUGGCCACAUUUUUUGCCCAACAGUUGCUAACAAGAUUAGUGUCACUUUAAAAAAAAAAUCAUAGUACUCAUGGUACUAAAAAACAUACUUGACCCUGGCAGCCCUUUCUUUAUCUCCUAAGGCAAAGGGAGCCUUAAGAAAUGUCCACAUGAAAGGAAAGCAAAGCUUUUGAGUUUUACUCACUAAGCUGUAAGCUCCUUUAGGGCUGAAAUGUGUCUUAGUCAUACUAGUAUCUAGGUACUCAGUUGAUGUUCAUGGCUAGAUGACAGAUGUUGAAAGAAGUAGGUAUUCAUACUCCUGUUUUAGAUAUGAAAAUUGUAAGCAUAAAGGAUUAACUACCAUGGCUGUGGUAUGAAACUUAAGUUUAAAGUUGGCAUUUAAAUUCAAGACUGCAACAUUAAAGUUCUGUGUACAGUGCUGUUUUCCCAGUGCAGCAGCAGCCCAGCAGCAGCGCUGCUAUGAUCCAUUAAGCACUUGCUAUGUGCCAGAAUUAAUAAUUGUGAUAAUGUAUUAACUCAUAUUUUCAGGAAACUAAGACACGGAAAGGUUAGGUAACUUGCCCCAAAUCACACAACUAGUAGUAAGUGGCAGACAUCCAGAGUCUGCUUUGCUCUUAACUAUCACCAUACUACCUUUGUAUCCAUUUCAUAAAUAUAGUGGUUUCUUUUAA